UUGUUUACAUCCCACAUACUGCUAGCUUAACGGGCUUCAAACGUCAAUUAAGAGUAAUUUCUUUUUUAUUUUUUUGUUUUUUAAUUAAUUUAUUUUUUGGAGACGAUUUAAAGAUGAAGCCUGCUGUGGACGAGAUGUUUCCUGAAGGAGCCGGACCAUAUGUGGAUCUGGAUGAGGCAGGGGGCAGCAGCGGCCUGCUCAUGGACCUGGCAGCCAAUGAAAAAGCAGUCCACUCAGAUUUCUUUAAUGACUUUGAAGAUCUUUUCGAUGAUGACGACUUGCAGUAACAAACGCCUUUGUCCCUCCGACAGCCCUCGACCAAGAUGAUGAAAAUGGCAUACAACUCUCUCUCUCUCUCUUUUUCUCUUUGUGCAGACUGAUUUUAGUUAAAUAAAACCUUUGUGUUUUUUGCAAAAAGAAAUGACCCAUUUGUGCUGAACCAGCUGUCGGCAAAUUCUGAAGAUUCCUGGUUUGGAGAAAAUUAUGAGUAUGCUAUUGCUGUUUCGUGUUCGAAUCUGCUCCUGGCUGGAUUGCAGGUUUGCUAGCUUUGCGAAACACCUGUUGUAAAGUCUAAUUACAUACAAGAUGCGCGGCCCGGUAAACGCUCUAUUUGGGAGCUAAAUGGACAGGAAACUACCAAAAAUGUGGAAAUGUAAAAGAAAGAUACAAAGGGAAAUCAGGUGUCGGCCGCGGACAGUAAAACCAUCAGAUGUCACAGCGCUAGUAAUCUAGCGUGAAUCAUAAAAGACUGUUAUGGGAAAACCUGUGAUCUGAUCCGACUGUUAGAUCUGAGCCACAUUUGUGCACAGCUGCUGUUUCUGUCUGUUUAGGGAUUCGCAAACUUUGUACGCCAAGAAUGUAUUACAAUUUUGAUAUAACAACACCAAUUUUAUAGCAGGGCAAAUCUAGGUACAAAAUAUGACAAAACCUGCUCAUAACAGGACUUAGCUAGUACAAAAACAGGUCUAAAUAAGGAUUUUAGCUAAAAUUGUGUACAAACACAAAAGUGUCUAAGCAAAACAAUCAAAAAGUAUGUAUAAGAUUGUCUUAUUUUGUCCUCAUUUUGCCUCCAUAAACCAGGGUCAUCCACAUGUGGCCCAUUCACUAUAGAAAGAUUGGCAACUGAUGAAAGAGCUAGAAACAAAAUGAACACACAAAGGAAAUUUAUAAAACAAACGUAUGCACAUAUUCCUGGAUUUUAAACUUUCCAUAGACGAUAGGACUAAUAGGAGGAAUUCAGGAAUCCAGGUUAAGGAUAUGUUCACACUUGUGCACAACGUAUCAAAUUUGAGACUAUGCAGGGACCGAAUCUAAACCUGGACUACAGACCAAACCAGGACUACAGCAGGACCAAGGAUCAAACCAGGACCUUUCACCAAGGUGUGAAAGAUCCUAAUUCAGUUUAUAAUUAAGGUACAGUCUAGUCUAAACUACAUCUGACAUAAAGUUGCAAAAGAAUACCAAAUUUUAUCUACUGGACAAAAGUUUUGGAGUGAAUAUGUUUCGCCGCCCAAAUAAAGCAGUUAUUCACCAGUAUCCUGUCAGAACUGAAGAAGCCUCUUGGAUGAGUGGUGAAAAAAACUUUUAUCCAGUUCAGUUGACAGAAUUUAAUUUUCUUUUGCAACUCUAAAACUGAACCAAAUAAGAUCUACAGCACAAUACAACAUGUUAAAAAACCAAGUCCAAACUAUGACUUGGUCUAAAGCAGGACUAAAACUCUGUAGUUCUAACCAGGACUGAAUGUUCUACACAAAAUUGACUCUUAUGAGCUUUAAACCAUGUUAAAAUGCUGUAACCUCAUCUAAAACAAACCUGGAGUUGUGUUUUGUUUCAUUUAUAUGUUUGAGUAAUCCUGCAUUGUUAAACAGUCUACAUCUCCAAAGCUCAAAAUGCUUUGUUCCACCUUGUGAUGUCAUGAAGCUGUAGUUUUCAAGUUAACAGCUGCCUUUGACCUGUUUAGAUGAGAUUGGCUAUUUUCAGGGCUGAAAUCAUCCAAAUUGUUCUAGUGGUGGUGUAUGGAGUUAAAAAACCCAGUGGAGCACUUCCUGUAUUACCACAUGACAUCAUUAAGUGGAACAGUGUUUUCUGUUUGAGUGAAGAACUCAUGCAUGAAUGAAACAAAACACAACUCCAGCUAUGGUUUUGAUGAGAAAACAACAUUAUAACAUAGAUCAGAAAACAGUGUAAUAUGGGCCCUUUAAAUCACAUGAAUUGAGCCUAAAUCAGAAAUGAAAUUGUAUUACUGUACCACAAGAAGCACCAGAGGCAGCCCACACACCACAUCUUGAGACUCUCUCUAUCACUGACUGUAUCAAAUGAACUGCACAGCGCUCCUGUCAAAACAAAUCGAAGUUUCAUGUAGUCUUUGCUCAUUUUCCCUGAGGUCUCGCAGGCUCCCAAAGCUCCAGAUAUAAGAGUCAAGGCCACAAAACAGAGCAGUCCUAGCAGCCCCAUUACUAUUCUGCAGCCCUUGAACUUAGCAUGCAACUAUCUAUACAUAUAAAUUGCACCAUUACAAUGAAAUGGCAUAGCAUAGGGUUUAUUAAAAUAGUAUGGAAGCACUCAAGAACAGGAAUAUGAAAUAAAAGAUUGGAUGCAUGGAUGUGUAACUAUACCGAAGUCGAGCUAGUAUUCUCAUAAAUAUUAAUAUCUAGACAGCACUGCGGCGUGUAUUGAUCUCAUGUCACCCAAACAAGAUGACUAUUUUUAUGAUCAGGUCCUAUGGAGAAUUUUAAAAACAUCCAAGUAUGUGUAGCUUGAAUGUUAGCGUAUUCUUGGUGGUGAGGAAACUGAAGACCGUUGUGUUCAAGUGCGAGGUAACAGAAUCAGCAUAGUAUUGGUCAAUGUUUUCACCAUUUGUUUCAUUCCAUUUCUCACUAAAUUAUCAGUAUUUCCACUCUAUUCAGACUAUGUAAUUUUUGUGUAGGACUUAUUUGUUGUCAAGAUCAGCCGCCCCGUGCAAAAUAAUA